UCACCUUCAUAAAUGGAGACCGACCAUUCACCCAUUGAUGGUUAAUAUAGUUUACUAAUAAUUGUUCUGCCAAACGAAUCUCUAAUCAGUAACAAGUUUAUCUAAACUAUUUGCUUUACGAUGUUUUGCUUGCACAUGUCUUACCUAUGGAAAAAUAGAUAUCUAAUACAAAAUAUACACAAACUAGAUUCUACAUAGAAAAUGCUCUAAUGUAUUAAUGUCCGUACUUUUCCACUACUGUGCGUUUGUAUCUAUACAAACGCAAUCUCGAGCUGUUUAAAUGAAUACAAACAUGUUUAGAUGCGUUCAAAAACUGUUAAUAAUUAUUAUAUGGUGUGUAAAAUGUCAAACACAUGCUUGAUAUGUUGACAGUUGACACAAAAGUUAUUUGAAGGAACCGUCAAAACAAAUAUUUAAAUAAAUUUAAUAACAAAUAAAGAGGAACUAAACAGCAAGCGCCAGUUAUCGACACAUUAUUUAAUUCAAUCCUUAAGUAUAAAAUUAUUAAAUUAUGUUGUUUGUGCUUGUACAACGAAGAAAUUAUUUUUAUAAAUAACAAUGUUUUUACGAUACCAAAUUAUAAUAUUUCACAUUUUAUUUAUCAUUUGCGAGGCUAAAUAUGGAUUCAUUACAUGGUCCGAUAACGCUGUUAUAUCCGUGACUGAUAAUGUGUAUGAUAUUCCUGCUGUUCAUGUCGCCAGAGCUACUUAUUCGAAUGAAAUCAAUUCAACUGGCUGGGCAUUCCUCGAACUGCACACAACACCAGACUCCAGUGAUGAGAAGCAGGCAUAUGCAGCUGGUUUCCUUGAGGGGUACCUCACAAGGGACCUCAUCUGGAUGCAUUGGCAAAAUAUGCUUAAAGGGUACUGCUACAACAAAACGGAUGUGUGCGGUCUGAUAGAAGAUUAUGUGGACAAAAAUGAAGAAUAUCUUGCCGAUAUGAUCAAUAGCUAUCCAGAUGAUCCAUACUGGUAUCAGGUGAAAUUGUACAAAAUCCAGCUGGAAGGGCUGCCUGUGGGCUACAACCAGGCCACUUCACAUCCUUAUGAAUGGCUCACAGCGCGGGAUAUCUUAUGGAUAAACAUGCUGGGCGACCUGGAUGACCUGGCGUUCGCUCUGACCAUGCCAACCCUGACCCCCGAGGGUCUGCUGUUCGGGGAACACUGCAGCGGGCUGGUCAAACUGCUCCCCGAUCUAUCUGAUCUCUUCACCUCACACGUGACAUGGAACAGUUACCAAUCAAUGUUGCGCAUACAGAAGAUGUACGUACUGAACUACCGCACUUCCCCUCGCGACCCCCGCCCCCUCCCCGGGAGGAGGAUGUCGCUCACGUCGUAUCCAGCCUUUGUGCAGUCCACAGACGACUGGUACAUCACCAGCGCCGGGCUGGUCGCCGCUGAGACUACCAUCGGCAACAGUAAUAGGACGCUGUUCAGCCUCGUGCAGCCCAUUGGACAGGUAAUGGAAUUUGUACGUGCUAUGGUCGCUAAUCGUUUGGCGCAGAGCGGCAGUGAUUGGGUCAAAAUAUUCCGACAGCAUAACAGCGGCACUUAUAACAACCAAUGGUACAUAGUAGAUUACAAGAAGUUCAAAAGUAAAACGGAAUUUUCGGCGGGAAAAAUUGACGACGGCCUCUUGUGGGUGAUCGAACAAUUACCUGGCAACACUGAAGCGGCCGAUCUCACAGAGGAGCUAAAAGCAACGACGUACUUUCCGUCCUACAACAUAGCGUAUUUCCCGCGCAUUUUCAACCUCAGCGGCGGAAACGAACGUGUCGCCACAUUCGGCGACUGGUUCGGUUAUAAAACGAACCCAAGAGCUAGAAUGUUCCAGAAAAAACAGUCGUCGAUCGCAUCGCUACACGACACGAUGUCGGUGAUGCGCUAUAACGACUACAAGCACGACCCGCUCGCGCGCUGCGCGUGCGCACCGCCCUAUAGCGCGUGCAACGCGAUCGCCGCUAGGAACGACCUCAACCCAGCUAAUGGGACAUACCCAUUUCGUGCGCUCGGCCAUCGGAGCCACGGCGCGACGGACGCGAAGGUGACCAGCUCGGAGCUGGCCAGCAAGUUCCAGUUCCUCAGUGUUUCCAGCCCCACGUACAACAUCUCGAGAGGGAUACCGCCCUUUCAAUGGAGUGAAUUUGACAUGGGCUCCCAGAUAUCGCAUGAAGGCCAUCCGGAUCUGUGGAUGUUUCCCCCCCUCAUCCAUGAAUGGCAAUGGGGUUAAUUGCAUUUUUAUGGCUGCUAAAGUCAGCCUUUGGUUGAACUUUGACCUGAUAUAAUUUUUAUAGAAGCUAGAAAUGUUUAUAACUCAAUCUCAUAAAUACUCAUAUAUUUUUUUAAUAAUUAGUCUUUAGGGUUUAUACAAAUUCCGUUUUAAUAUUGUUUUCUCAUUGUCAUAGCUAUAAGACCUAAAUACUCAAUAGUACUAAAUCCUAGCCUAAUCCUACAUUACAUAUCUGUACUUCUCAUCAUCAGCCCAUAUAUGUUCCCACUGCUGGGACACAGCCCUCCUAUGAGAGUUCAGACCACAAUCCACCACGCUGGCCAAGUGUGGGUUG